UUGGCUUCAGUCUGCACCCGACAUCCACACAAGCAACCAAGCAACAUGGAGUUCUCAAAGGCCGUCGUCGUCGCGCUGCUGUCGGUGGUGGUGUCCGCGGCCGCCCAGUACGGCCACCACGGCCAUGCCGAGUCGUACGCGUCCGUCAACCAGCUGUCGCACCACCAGGAGCCCAUCCACAUCAAGCACGAGUACCACCACCAGCCCGAGCCCGUGCACGUCCACCACGAGUACAAGCACCCCGAGCCCGUCUACGUCAAGCACGAGGAGCCCGUCUACAAGCACGAGGAGCCCGUCUACAAGCACGAGGAGGUCGAGCACUACUCGCACCCCAAGUACGAGUUCAAGUACGGCGUGGAGGACCACCACACCGGCGACCACAAGGACCAGAAGGAGGAGCGCGACGGCGACGUGGUGAAGGGCGAGUACUCGCUGCUGCAGCCCGACGGCAGGAAGCGCAUCGUGCACUACACGGCCAGCAAGCACGGCGGCUUCAACGCCAUCGUCUCCUACAGCGGCCACGCCAUCCACCCCGAGGUCAAGCACGGCCACUACUAGACGACGCGACACUCUGGCCGCCGCCGACCCAGGUCGUCAGCGGCUCCCCCCGGCCCUCGUCGAUGACCGACCUGCGGGCCAUGGGACCUUCCGGAGAACUCUUUGGAACCUCGCAAAGACUGCAACACACUCUUGCUCAUCUUGUAAAUAACUCACAUACCAUCUACCUCAUUCUGUAGUUGUACUACCAAUUAGGCGCCAAUAAAAGAAAAAAGUAAGACUA